AUGGAUUACCGACCAGUCUACAAUAUCUCAUUUAACGACUUCCAUUUAAUUGGAUUUACAGAUCUUCAAGGAUACCGUCCACUUCUCUUUAUCCCUUUUUUCAUAAUCUUAAUAUAUACGUUAAUGGCCAAUUCUUUUCUGUUAUUGGUGAUUAUAAACCAGAGAAAUCUGCAUGCUCCCAUGUAUAUUCUGAUUGCAUUAAUUGCUGCCCUUGGGUGCGCUGUGCCAAUAAUCAUUGUUCCAAGGAUGUUGAAUAGUUUUUUACAUGGAUCAAACUUAAUUACUAAAAAUGAAUGUAUCAUUCAAAUGUUUGUUGUUCAUGUAUCUGGUUGUUUUCAGUCAAGCAUUUUACUUUGGAUGGCAGUUGAUAGGUUUUUUGCAAUUAUUUACCCAUUACAAUAUCUUCAGUUUGUAAACAUCGCUAACUCGCUGAUUUUUUGCUCUAUUUUGGUAAUACGUAAUUUUGUAUAUGUUAUUGGAAUGGUCAGUCUUGUUGCACCACUGCCAUUUUGUAAAUCAAACCUAAUUUACCACUGCUUUUGUGAGCAUACAUCAGUUGUUAAUAUGGCCUGUGGAGAUGUCUCUAAAAAUUAUUUAGCAGGUGUAAUAGGUUUUACUAUUCCAAGUACUGACUGUGUUUUUAUAUUGUCUUCCUAUAUUGUUAUAUUUAAGGUCAUAUUUCAGUCUCCUUCUGGGGAGUCUCGUCAAAAAGCCAUUCAGACAUGCAGCACUCACUUAAUGAGUAUAGCAGUUGCCUAUAUUAGUGUCGUUACUGCAUUUGUUGGGUAUAGGGUAAAUACAAUUCCACGAGAUUUGCGUGUCUUAACUAGUUUGAUGUAUCUUCUCCUUCCUGCAUGUUUAAACCCACUUAUCUAUGGUUUACGAACAAAAGAAAUAAGGAUAAAGCUAAUGAAAUUUAUGAAAAUUAAUAAAAUUAGUACAUGA